AUGGCAGCGCGGCCAUCGCCGCGGACCCUCGUGCUUGUCGCCGGCCUCGUCGUCUCCCUCCUUUCCGGCUGCAGCCAUGUCGCCGCCGGCGGGCACCCCGAUUACGCCGACGCGCUCGGCAAGGCGAUUCUCUUCUUCCAGGGGCAGAGGUCCAGCCAGCUCCCGCCGGACCAGGCCGUCACGUGGAGGUCCAACUCUGGCCUCUCCGACGGCUCGGCGGCGAACCGGAGGCUCCUCGCCGCGGCGCGGGACGUGAUGGAGCUCGCCGUGCGGUACCAGGGGAAGUACAGCGACGUCGGCGGCGGCGACAUCGGCGCCUACUACCCGUCCUACUCCGGCUACAAGGACGAGCUCUUGUGGGGGUCGGCGUGGCUGCUCUGGGCGACGAAGAACUCCUCGUACCUCGGCUACCUCUACUCCCUGGGCGACAGCGACAGCGUCGACAUGUUCAGCUGGGACAACAAGCUCGCCGGAGCGCGCGUGCUCCUGUCACGGAGAGCCCUGGUGAACGGGGACACGUCGCUGGAGCCGUUCCGGCAGCAGGCCGAGGACUUCUUCUGCCGGAUCCUGCCCGGCUCGCCGUCCUCCACGACGCGGUACACGUCCGGCGGCCUGAUGCACAAGUCCGGCUACUCCAACCUGCAGUACGUGGCGUCGGCCAGCUUCCUGCUCGCCACCUACGCCAAGUACAUGGCCGUCUCCAGGCACACCUUCUCCUGCCAGGAGGGCCUCGCCGCCGCCGUCACCCCCAGGUCCCUCCGGGCCCUCGCCAGGCAGCAGGUGGACUACAUCCUGGGCGCGAACCCGCAGGGCAUGUCGUACAUGGUGGGCUUCGGCGCGCGGUGGCCGCGGCGGAUCCACCACCGGGCGUCGUCGCUGCCGUCGGUGGCGAGCCACCCGGGCCGCAUCGGGUGCCAGGAGGGGUUCCAGAGCUACUUCUACUCCGGCGCCGCCAACCCCAACGUGCACACGGGCGCCAUCGUCGGCGGGCCCGACGAGAACGACGCGUUCCCGGACGACCGCGGCGACUACGCGCGGUCCGAGCCGACCACGUACACCAACGCGCCCCUCGUCGGCUGCCUCGCCUACCUCGCGGGCGCCUACAAGAAGAUCUAA